AUGUCAAACAACCAAGAAUACGACGGCGAGGCCACAGAGCAAGCAACUUACGAAUCCGACAACGACGACAACAACUACCAGCCCACCCCCGCACAACCCCAAAGGUCCCUCCAACGUCAACAGCAACAACAGCAGGUCCCCAAUGGCGCCCCAGCAAACAACCAGUUGACGCGCGACCAAAUCAGGGAGAAUAUGGGGUACCGGGCGCCGGUGAUUCGGGAGUCGAGAAUCAAGGACAGGCCACCAAAGAAGGAUGAGAAGGAUAGUGCGGUUAAGAUCAAGAUUGAGCUUGACCUCGAGGUUGAAGUGGACCUAUAUGCGAGGGUGAAGGGUGAUGUGACUAUCGGGUUGAUGUAG